UAUUUAUAGGUACUCUAGCUACGGCCACACUAAGGCAGCGAAAAAGUGAAACUAAUCGAAGAUCUCCCAUCGCCAGCAAUAACAACAAUAACAAAACGCAACAACAAAAAGCAGCGACGCGACGUCGACCGCGGACAAAUCGUAUCGUUAAACGAUAACAAGCCACCACAAUAACAAAAUCCAAAGCAAAACCAAAAACGUAACAUAUUGGCAGGCUGCAACGGGACUAAUCACGGCUAUAGGCGCUGCUUAACUAACCAGUAGCACUCCGGUAGUCCGGCAAUCGGUAUCCCCGCGAGCGGCUGUGAUUCCAAUCGGAGAUUGGCAAUUCUGUGACUUCUAUUAAUAAAGCAACAAAUCGAACAGUAGCAUCCUCCUGUGUGUGGAGUCAUGUGUUCCACUGCACACAAAAACAAGACAAGAAAAGCCAUGUAAAUGAAUAUUAAUAGCCCGUCAUCAAGGGGAGGUCAUUGGCUAUUUCUUUCGCUCGUCCGCUCCCCCAGUUUCGCCUAUAACUGCACUUGCUCUGUCUGCAAAAUAACGGGACUCAACAACAAAUGGCAUUUGCAGAUGGCUGCCGCCGCAUCGUCUAAUUGGAAUUUGUGCAAAGAAGAAGCGUUGAGAAAACAAAGAAAUCUGCAAAUAAUUGCUAAUUAGUUGCAUUUCUGCCAUUGUUUGGAGGUUUCGCUUGCGAAUUUUUAAUGUAAUUAACGCGCCAGCUGUUUUUUCGAGUGUGUUCAGUGUGUGUGUAGCCCAAGCCUCCGAUCUAUUUUAUUUUUGUUUUUUCGGUGUCCAAAGGUGCAAGUGCGUAUGAAUAGUAGUACACACAAAAACAACGGAUUCGGAACCGGAGAAAACACAGUUAAAAGGAAGGGCUAAUCUAGGAGAAGAACCGUUUGAUUUCGGUUGCCGCUGCCUCCUCCUCCUCUGCCCCUCUCUCUCUCUCUCUCUUCAGCACCUCUCCAUUUUCUACAUUCGCCGCGGGAAGCAGGAGGACAGGGCACCUCCAGCUCCCAUUCCUCCAACUCGUCGCACAAGCAGCAGCAAAAUUCCUCCAACAACAAUCGUCAGAAGUCGCAAUCGAGCACUUCAUUGAAUACCGCCCACGAGCAGCAGCAGCACAGCAUCACCGCAGCAAAGUUCUACGCCCACCAGGAGACCGCCAGUUACGAAAGGGGCGUGGAUGUGGGUGACGAGGGGGCGCUACUGCUGACCAAUCAGCAGCAGGAACAGAGGCGUCAACAGCAGCAACAGCAGCAACAGCAGCAGCAGCUACAGCAGAAGCCUCAAAGCAACACCUUGCCUCAAAAGAAGUCCAAGCUCAAGGGCCAAAAGCAGCCAAAGCAGUUGCCAGUGCAGCAGCCACAAAGCAAUGCACCUGAGCCACAUGAUCCACAGCAACCACUGAUGACUUCCCUGGCAGCAGUGCCGCAGGCUUCAGCGACUGGGAGCUCCAGCAACAGCAACAUCAAUAACAACAACGCAUUGGCCGCACUGCAAGAUGGUGGCGCUGCUGCCGCCGCUGCAGCAGAUUUCUACCAGCAACUAGCAGCAGCGGCCACGGCCACUGCAACAGCAACAUCGGCGAACGGCAGCAACACCAGUGCUGAUAGUCCGGUCAGCGCUUUUCCCGCAGCAGCAGCUGCCGUUGCUGUUGCCGCUGUGGCAGCAAGCAGCUACCAGCAACAGCAGCAGCAGCAACAGCAGCAACAGCAGCUCCUCAACAACGAACAGCAACAACAGCAACUACUAGAGGCUAACAACAAAAUGCAGGAGCUGCACAAACAGCUGGAGAGAUUCAGAAGCGAGCAAAUGCAACUGGAGACACGCAUCACGGAGCUGUUGCCAUACCAAAGCGAGGUGGCCAAGCUGAAGGGCGAUCUGGUUAAGAUGCAGAGUCUACAGGAAAAGGCCCAGAUGGAAAUCGGCAAUUUGAAAUACGAGAAUGAAUCUCUGCGCAAUCGGCUGCGGGACGUAGUAAACUCACCGCUGUCGGAUGCGGAGAAGCACCAGAUCAUUCAAGACUCGCAGCGGCUGCACAGUUCAGCGCCCGCUUCAAUAGCCCUGCCCAGUGCACACGAUGCGCAUGAUGGCACACCCUGCCUCACUCCCGAUUGGGAUAAGCAAUCAUCCUCCAGCGAGAUCUCUGUAGCCUGCCUGCAAGACAAGAUCAUUCAAAUGGAGGAGACACACUACUCCACUAACGAGGAGCUACAGGCUACAUUGCAGGAGCUGGCCGAUUUGCAAACCCAGCUGACGGAUACGCAGACGGAGAAUGAGCGUCUAGCCGAGGAGAAGGAUGUGCUCUUCCAGUCGCUAUGCCGACAGACGGAGAAGCUAAAUGAAUCGCGUACACAGAUUAGCACGCUGCAAGAGCUGAUAAUUCGGGAUACCAAGCAGCCUGCACCCGAAGUAAGUGUUUCGGAGAGGGAGCAGAAGCUUCUGGAUCUGAUCAAGACAUCACAGGAGGAGCGCGAGGCGGUUUUGCUCAAGCAGGAGGAACUGGGAUCUGAGCUGGCGGAACUGAAACAGGCCCGGGAAGCUGGACAACAGGAGCUACAGCGCCAGAGAGAACGUAUUGCCCUGUUGGAUUCUCAGUUGGAUGCAGCAAACGCAGAGCGGCGGCAAGGAGAGGCUCAGUUUUCGCAGGCCAUGGAAGAGAUAUCGCAGAGGGCCAUCGAAAUCAGUCGGUUGAGCACUCUUCUGGAGAAUGCGCGCUCAAAGAUCGAGGAGCUGGAAGCGGAUUUGUCCAGAGGAGACAAGACAGACCUAAGCGAUGUGCUGGAUGUGGCCAGAAAGGAGAAGGAUGCCCUAGAAGAACGUGUGGCUGAAUUACAAGAUCAGUGCUCUCGCAGCCAAGCUGAGCUGAGAAGACUACGUGACCAGCUUUCCGGCUUAACUGAGGAAUGCAAAGUGGUCAAGAAUAACGCCAAGUGUGCGGUCUCUCACCUGGAAUACCGCUUGGAGCAGCUCCAACGUGAUAAGGACAAAAUAGCUGGAGAAUGGCAGGCGCUGGAGGAACGCGUGGCCGAACUGCAGGUUCAGUGCAAAUGCCAUCAGGAAGACAAAGCCCAGUUGCAAUCCCUGCUAGCUGAAACUCAGCGCCAUCUGGGCGAUGUUCAACUGAAGCUGGGUGAGGCAGAGUGUAGACUCGACCAGGAGACACAGCUGCGGCGCAAGGAGGCCGAGGAGUGGCAGCAGUUCCAGGCCGACCUUCUCAUGACUGUGCGAGUGGCCAACGACUUCAAGACUGAGGCGCUCAGCGCCCGGGAGCAGCUAGUUCUCGACAACAAGACGCAGAAAGAAAAGAUCAGACUGCUGGAGCAGCAGCUUGAAAAACUUACCAAACAGCAACUGCAGCAGUCGGAAACUCCGCAGUCGGUGCUAUCCACAGUUCAGCGUGAGAUGGAGAUGGCCACGCGACGCAGCAAGCUUAGCUUCAGCCGACAGGACUCGCGGCUGUCUGUUAAAACGCUCAUUGAGAGUAUUGAGAAUAACAAAUCGCAGGGCAAAGCCGACGAGGCGGAAUCCCACUACAGCUCGACGUCUAGCCUAAACAGCGGAACUCCUGACCUGGGGACUACGCCCAUUAUCUUUCCUCCCUCCAGUGACUGGCAUGAGAGCCUUCGGUUGCCUGUGCUGCAGAGCAGUAACUUGCACGUAAACGUUGGCAAUCCAGCCGGUGCCGGACAGGGAAGCAAUAUUUCAUCUGGCAGCGGAGGAGAUUCAGCUAGCACUACCAAAGCCACUUUGCCGCUGCGCGAUCAACAGCAGCAGCAACAGCUUGGGAUAACAACUACCCAAAGCCAGAUACAGAACGUCUCCCAACCUUCUACGCCGGCCACGCCCAGCAGCGCGGGCAGCAGCAGUAGCGGCGGGCUGCCAUUUGGUAACGUCUCAAAGUCAUUUAUCAGCGGCGAACGCAAGGACCCGCUAAACAUGCUGGCCAAGAAUGGUGGUUCAAAGCGCAACGCCCUCUUGAAGUGGUGCCAAAACAAAACAGUGGGUUACCGCAACAUUGACAUCACCAACUUCAGCUCGUCGUGGAACGAUGGGUUGGCCUUCUGUGCUAUCCUACACUCGUAUUUGCCGGAUCGCAUUCCGUACGAUCAACUGACUCCUGCCAACAAGCGGCGCAACUUUUCACUGGCAUUUGCGGCUGCCGAGUCCGUGGGCAUUGGCACAACACUGAAUAUCAAUGAUAUGUGUCAGAUCGAACGACCCGACUGGAUGCAGGUGAUGUCCUAUGUGACGGCAGUCUACAAAUACUUUGAGACCUAGAGGAGGGAACUUAAGGACCAUCUGCUGCCCUCCACUUGAGCUCCUUAGUGCAGUAGUCGUAGGGUUCCCUUUGCUUUCAAUAUAUAUGUUUGUUCUUCCGCAUACAUAUUUUUUGGUGUUGUGUAUAUUCAGUUCACGAUGAAGAGCGAUCUAAUGUUUUCACCGAUUCCUCUAGCUUGUACGCUUUUUUCCCGUAAAGCCUCUUCUGUUUUAGUGCGUCCGUUUCCAUAUUCUUGCCCAUGUACGAUGGUCGUCCGGGCAGUGCCCCAUAUUUGGACAUUGCUACUCUUAAAUACGUUUGUUUUUGGGUUUUAUAGACAAACCCUAGUAUUAAGUUUAAGCAUAAAGUUACAUUUUUUUUGAAGCUUCGAAGUUUGUUGGACCGAUCCUACCAAGGACAACGAUGACCAUCCCAGCCUGUUUCCACUGUACAUGGGUGUUUAUAUAGGUAUUUUUUUUAUUGCGUGGUACAGAGUUUAUUUUAAUGCGUAAAUCGACGAUUGAGGAUGAUUAGCUGACGACGAAACAUUACUAUACAGAUAAUAAGGAGAUGGACUAGUUUUAACGUAUAUAUAAUUAUUUAUUUCAACUAAUUGAGAACACUAAUUUAAACAUAAACAAAAUGUAUUUUUAAACGAUUAAUUCUACGAUCUAUCAUAAAGAACAAUAUGCUGCGAAAGGCAGUAAGUCAAGUAA